CCGCCCCUUCCUCCGCCCAGCAUCCCGGGACACGACAGAAAGCGAGGUGCCUUACAUGAGUGAUCUGCUCUGUGCUACUCCUCCAGGUCCCUUCACAGCCACCGGGUACUUCCACUCUCAUUCCGCGCCGCCGCUAUACAAGCCACGGCGGUAGUGCAAAGUCACAUCAGGUACAGCAACGUGACCCUCCCUCUCCCUCCCCCUCUCCCAGCGGCUGCGACCCGGGAGCACAAUGUGGGCAUGGUGGUGGGCGGUGGUGGCGUGGGCGUGCAUGGUGGGCUGCUCUGGUUGGUCUUCAGACGGGAUUAACCAUAACUUUGCAACCCCACGAAGGCGCUUCCCAGACUGGACCUUCACGUCUCCGAAGAACGUGAGGGCACACCUGCACAUCAUGUGGGAGGACAGGUCGCCUAGCCACCCGCGCCUGCGCUUCGCUGCCAUCCGGACGCCCAUGGCAGCUGCAACGCCGCCGCAGCUACGCGACAACAGCCUCCUCCUUGGCGAGACCUGCCACGCACGCCACCUGCACACCUGCGGGGGGAGGGUGAUUGAGGAGUUCUCCCACGAGCCGGACUACUCGGACGCCUGCAGGAUCCGGGAGGAGUUCCUGGACUGCAUGGAAAAAGAGCAGAAGGAGCCGUGCCGCCUUCAAGGGUCGUAUUUUACGCAAACGGGAACUCGUCGCAUCAUAGGCAGAAUUAAGAAGCUGUUGUGGUCAGCGCGUGGCUGCAUCCUCGGCCACUCGCCCUAAUGCCCAAGCAGCCCAUCAGCUUCACGGCGUGGCGCGCAGGCCCGCCAAACACCUCACGCCCCCAAGCCGCUCAGUAGCACUCUUCAGUCCGAGACAUGAGCAGCAGUGGCAGGAGUUUCGCAACCCCCAGCCUGUGACCUCCAGCGUUCAGGCAACACGUCUCCACGAAUAUCAUAAUUUGAUAAAUGUCUUGCUGCCAUGCGCCUCCCGCUUUUGUCUCGCAUCCUUUCCACAACCCCACCUGCAGCGUCAGUCCUGUGCAGCCCACAGCCUUGCCGAUUUUAAAUACACUUCUUCUCUGUCAACACAACAGGAUAUCAGUGGACUGCGACGUCGUUAUCACGUCAUCCUCCAUUUUCUAGUACAUAUCCACUGCCCUGCCCCCAAUCUGGACACCAGACCCAGACAAGUGUCUUUCUCCUAGUUCCUAUCAGUAACCUUCAAGCUUUAUAUAAAUAUAUAUAUAUAUAUAUAUA